UAAUAUACACUUUCUUAACCUCUCAAGAAAUAUAUCCGAUUCCCGCAAGUUGUCCACCUUCGUACAAAUACCCGUCACAAACUCCUUAUGGUGCUUGUGUAUUACGGCUCUCCAAUUUAAUUUGUAUGUGGCUAUUUGUGUUAUUUGGAAUUUUAUAUAUUGCUGCAAAAUUGUGUGGUAUAACACCAAACGAAGAUGAUAUGAAUGAACUUUGGAAAAAAGAUAAAAAGCCUGCGAUUUUUAGAACUACUGUAAGUAUGGAGGAUAUCAUUAUUGGACGAGAAAUUGUUGUACCAAGAUAA